UUUAGCAGAUACGUUUUUGAUGCAGAAAAACCUGUGCAAUAAACUACCAGUAAUAAAAUCAGAAACCCUAGUUUUCUUUCUGAAACUGUUUUUCACUGCCCAUGUGUUUACCAGUGUGCCUGUUUUAAGGAAGUCUGUGCCUCAGUAUUCCUGCUAAAUAAGAACAUAGCGUGUUCUGGGCAUUGUGCGAGGCUCUGGAAAUGCAAGGAGCACCCAGCUCAAUAGGGUUACAUUAAAAAUGGAACCUUAGGCCAAGAUCUGAUGGACAAUUAGAAGUUAAACUAAAUGACAGGUACUGACACUGGCACUCUUUGGCUGGCCCUACAGCACAUGGUCCCUAGUGGAUAUAGAGGCCCAAGAUCAUGCUCUGAUGGAAGACAGGCAAAGGAAUAACAGGCCUGACCACUUGUUAGAAGGAUAACUAACUUGUGUAGGCUCCAGAAGGGGCAGAGACUAGAGGCAGAGAAACCAGCAUGACAUUUGCUAGAUCUAAAGGCUAAGAAGGCAGAGAACGUAUGUGUCAAAAUGUACUAGAGUCUCUCCUGCUAGUGGUAUAAGCAGUCCACAUGUGAACUGUGGAAAUGGUAGCUGAGAUAAAACAGUAAGAACUAUAUCAUAUUUCUUGGAUAUAUCUAUUUUAAGACAUUAUUUUAUGUACUAAUAAGAAAAUUUGCCAGUUACAACAUUCCAUUAAUUGUGAGUCCUGAUUUCAUUGUUAAAAUAUGAAAAAAUGUGCAUCACAGGAGCAGUGAGAUACUAUAAAAUGAACUAUAAAUUGGAAAUGAGAAGUAGGUUGAGAUAGAGAUAUCCUGUAUAUUUGGUCUUGGGCUUUGCCACUUACUAGUUUUCUCAGAACAAAUUUCUAAAAAUGUACCCCUUUUCUCACUUGGAAUUGAGCUGGACUGAGAUUACAUACUUUGAAACACUUUGUAACCUGCUGCUAGUCAUACCUUGGCCUUACAUACCUGGGAGUGGGGAUACCACUACCUGUCUUGUUUAGAAGCACAGGGCUAGGUCAGAGCUCUUGCCACUGUUGGAUUUAUAUAUUUGGGGAGGUGGCAGGGAGAUCUGGUCAGCGGGAACAGGGCCUGUGUGGCCCCUAGCCCGUCUCAGGUGAAGGGUUACCUUUUUGUAUUUGAUUCCCUCUUCUGAUAGAUUCAUCGUGUUGUCUCAGAACUUUCAUUCCUUGGGCUGUGCUGAGUAUCGGGGGUGGGGCACAAGGGGGCACCUAGGGCAGGAACUGGGAGCUAGGGAGCCUUGGUGUGACUUGGUUAUGCAAAAGAUGUUACUUCCAGCGAGGCACAAUGCAAGGAAAAGCUUUUCAGUCUACGGGAAAGACAUGGUUUCCAGGCAGAAUGCCUCCUCUCUCAGGCAUUCCCAGGAGUGGAGAAUGACACUAACUUGGGUUACAUCCACUUGGGCAAAACUAGAAUGAACAAGAUGACACUUGCCUGCCAGAGGUUAUUAAAUAACCAAGAUGGAGAUAUGGGCUCAGCUAGUUUAGGAGGCAGCUGUUUGCUCCCCUUUAUUAAUACAGGCAGAAAAACCAAGGUGUGUGGUGUUAGAGACUUGCCCAUACUCAUGCAAUGAGGUGGAAAAGAUUUUAUGACUUUUUUUUUUCAAGUCAGGGGCUCCUCCCUAAAGUGACCAAGCCUUCCCACUCAUUUUUCAGACCUGCCCAGACCUGAGGUUGUUGCCCAGGGAGCUAAGGCUCCUCCCCAAACAUAAACUUGACCGCCUAAACCUGGCCUUUCUUCUCUGCCGCUGGUGGCUUCAUCCCCCUCUCCCUUUCCCCUGCCCCUCUGUCUUGUCUUCUGCAGGUCUUGGCUGGUGUCAGGAAAGGGGUCCCAAUCCCAUGGCCUCCCACUCUGGGGAGCCAGGGCUCCUGCCCUGUGGGUCCUGUGACAUGGUUUUCCGUUCCUGGGCCCUGCUGGCCACCCACGCUCAGCGCUUCUGCAUUGGCCGUCAGACCCAGGAGGUGACAGUUGGAGAACAGACCCCAAUAGCCACCGAACCACGGGUACCCGGGGUUGUGCCACAAGAACACCAGGGCCUUCCAGACCAGGAGGCCAGCAAAUUGGCUCAGAAGAGGCUAACAGAGGAGGUGCAGCGGCUGCGGCUGUAUCUGCAGGAAAUGCGACCCUGGAUAACAGAGGUGCCCCGUGGGUCACAGGGUCCCUGGAGGCGGUCAGAGGCACCGACUCAGGGCCCCACCUACGAGGCUGCUGGGAGCCCCCACGAGCGGCUGCGGGCACUGCACCGGACUCACGCAAGGCGCUUGGCAGAGACCGAGGCACAGAGCUGUGCCCUGGAGCGACGCAGCGAGGAACUGAGCCGGCGCCUCCAAGGUUUGGCCCGGACCCGGGACGGGAAAUCACGCAUAUUCAGCCUGGAGCGGGAGCUUCGAGACCUCCGGGCAGCGGCCGGGCGAACGCGGGGUGCGCUGGAGGAGUUAGGGGCGCACGUUCAGCAGCUACAGGCCAAUACCAGGACCCAGCUGAACGCCUUGCGAGAGGCAGAACUCUGUGGUGCGGUGCUACAGGCAAACCCAGGGACUCUGGCUGCGGAGAUCGGGGCCCUGCGUGAGGCCUACGUUCGAGGUGGGGGCCGGGAUACCGGCGUCCUGGGCUGGAUAUGGCAGUUGCAAGUGGAGGCGUCGGCUCUGGAGCUCCGGCGGUCGCGGACCCGCAGGGGAAGACAGGCAGGUGCCGCAUUCAAGGAGCUUCUAGCAGUGGAGGCUGAAAAUCGGCGCCUGGAGGCAGAAAUCCUGGCUUUGCAGAUGCAGAGUGGCGCAGGCCGGGUGCCCUGGGGGCGCGGGGAGCUGAGACUUGUGGCCAAUCCCAACCCACGCCUGAGACGGACGGAAGAUCCCCCAAGCCUCCCGCCUCCAGUGGCUCCCCCGCUGCCGCCUCUGCCGCGUUCUCCAGGCGUCCUAUUUUUGGGUGGCGGCGAAAAGGCUUCGCAGCCUACUGGAACCUUGACCAGGAACUUGGGCCUGGAUCCACACUUCCUCCUGCCCACAGCUGAUGUUCUGGGCCCUGCACCCUACGACCCCGGGGCUGGCCUUGUUAUUUUCUAUGAUUUCCUGCGGGGCCUUGAGGCUUCUUGGAUUUGGGUGCAACUAAUGACUGGCUUGGCCCGAGAUGGACAGAAUACAGGAGGGACCACAGCAUUGCCCCCAGCCCUUUGCUUGCCCCCACCUCCAGCUCCUGGGCCCAUGGGCAACUGUGCUAUCCUUGCCAGCAGGCAGCCUGUACCCAGACUACCACCCUCACAAUCAGUAUCCUUGGUCUGUGAGCUACAGGCCUGGCAGGGGCUGGCAUGGACUAAGGCACCACAACAAAAGGCCUGGGCCUCACUAGUGCUAUUUGACCGGGAUCAGAAGGUGCUAAGUGGUCGUUGGCGUGUCCCACUUCAGGCCUUUACUCUGGACCCCAGCCUUAGCCUUGGGCAGCUGAAUGGGAUUCCCCAGGUGGGUCAGGCUGAGCUCUUUCUGAGGCUGGUGAAUGCAAGAGAUGCAGAUGUCCAGACACUGGCAGAGAUCAAUCCAGCAAGUGCCCACGAGUACCAGUACCCACCUCUGGUGUCCAGCUCAUCUCCACUGGCCAGCUCCCUGGCCCCAACAGCUGGCUUUGUUGAUCCCCCUCCUCAAGACCCCCCCAGCAGCAGAGUCAACAGAGAUGAGGGUUUGGGCCCUCAGCACAGCUUUGACCCCUCAGCACAGCUUUGACCCAGCCCCACUGGCUUUCGGAGUCCAGUACAAUGAGGGUAUGAGUAGCUUCACAGGCACAGGACUGGGGCCUAGACUCAGACCUGCAGCUUUACUACUUGGUAUUCUGACAGAGGGUCUGGAAGCAAAUACAGGUGUGAGCACACUACAUGAGCUCCAAUCACAGCUCUACCGCCUUCCUCAAGUACUUGGCCUUUCUUUACCUAUUAUCCUUUUGUAAAAAAGACUGAUGUGAGGAUUAAACAAAUAUGUCAGGUAUUUACAGUAUG